CCUUCUGCACUAUCCUUCCGUGCCUUCUGCAUUAGUUCUGCGAAUGUUUAUCGCGUCAUCUACGUCUCGCAUAUGCCCCGCUUGUCCCUACGGUUGAUAGGGCGUUGCGAUCCCUCUCGCCGAACUCGUAGGUAGUAUCCGAUUUUGCGAUGUCCUGCACGAUUCGAGUCUCGUUUAGGUAGCAGUUUCAUGACCCGAAAACUUUGGUGGGAAGCGAGCGGCCAUCUUUAGCAGCGGGUUGUUUUCCUUCCUCGAAGAAGUGGUCUGUCGCCGGGGGCCCCGUCAGCAUGGAAUAACGCCGAGGUUGGCGCAGCCGGAGGCCAGGCCAUGGCCCCUCCACCGCCGCCACCCCCCAUGGGGGCCCUGGGGCCCCCUAAGACUGCCGCGGUGCCGGACCGGUCCGUGCUCCUCUCCCAGAUCCGGGGUGGUGCCACGCUCAGGAAGGCGGUCACCAACGACCGGAGUGCGCCCAUCAUCGACGCUAACAAGAGGGCGGCGGCACCCACCCAGGCGCCGGCAGAUGGGGCAGCCCCCAAGCUCAACGUGCCUGCAGGCCUGGCGGGUCUCUUCGCGGGAGGCAUGCCCAAGCUGAGGCCGCUCAACCCGACCGCCACUGGAGCGUCACCGGCCCCGCCUUCGACCCCUCGCUCCGGCGCCCCAUCGGGUCCCCGGCCGGGGGGUGCACCCCUGCAGCAGCCAGCGGCACCGAGCGGGGACACGCCCCCGGGCCGGCGGGCCCCGGCCCCGUUCCCAGCGGACCUGGCCCCCCGGGGACCCCCUCCCCUGCCGCCGCCGUCGAGCCAGAAGCCCAGCUUGGGCCCCCCCCAGGGUGGCCCCUCCCCCGUGUCCCGCAGCCGGACGGGCCCUCCGCUCCCGAGCAAGCCCCCGGGGGUGACAAGGUCCGCCUCGCAGACGAGCCUCGGGGCCAAGAGGGGCCCCGCACCCCUGCGCGCUCCCCAGGUGAAGCCCCCACCUCCCCCCAAGAGCCCCACGGUGGGCGCGGUGGCGGCCAGCGGCCCCAGGUUUGGCACUGUGGGGCCGCACGCGGGGGCACGCCUGCAACUCCCCGGGGCACCACUGGCCCGGCGCCAGAGCUUCGGGGCCCCCGACUCCCGACCGGCCGAAGGAGCGGGCCAGCAGGGGGCGGGGCCCCAGCCCGGGGGGCCCGCCAAGCCCUCGGGCCCGCCCCCGCCGCCCCGCAACGUCAGCGUGCCCAGCAACCUGCACCAGGCGCACAAGUCCCGGAGCGCCCCCCCGGCGCCGCCGCUGCGUGCCCCCCCUGCCUCGCGGCCUCCCCCUCCGCCCCUGAGGGGCCAGCCCCCUCCCCUGCCCAGCAGCCUGCCCCCGCAGCUGCCCCAGCGGAACCAGCCCAGGCCCCAGGGGCCUGCCGCGGCCCCCCGGCCCUCCCCCACGCCUCCCCUGCGCAGCUCCUCCAUGAGGAACUCCGCGGCACCUGCGGCUUUCGAGAGCCGCUUCAGCUUUCGCCCCAUCGACCACGUUCCUGGCCCAGUCUACGCGGCAACGGAGGUCAAGAGGUACCCCAGCAAAGUGCCCCGGCAGAACCAUCAACGUCAGGCUCCCCCGCCCCCCACGCACUUUGCCGGAAGCUUGGCGCAGCAGACCGCGGCCUGACCCCGGGCCCCCGCCGCGGGAGAACCGGCUGCCCUCUCCGGCACCCUCCCCAGGGAGCGGGGGACGUCGGACGUUACGUUGGUCCCGCCCUCCGAGAGUCGUACCCCGGGGGCCCCCCCG